CGAAAUUCCCCCGACUGUACUCAAUAGUGUACAAUCCGAUCAGCUGAUUUUGACAUUCGUGACAUCACCAAAACUCCACCACUGUCGAAUUUUCCUCCCUGAAAAGCGACCUGCGCACUCCUCAACUCUCAGCAGACAAAAGCUCCCUCAACAAUGCUAAGAAAAUCAGCGAAAAACACAAUUCCGGUGUUCCGGCGCAAUACCCGUCAUUGAACGAACACACAGAGACAGUGCCGAGAUGUCGGGCGGUCCCCGGGCCAGGACUUCGCCCCUGAGGGCCACCGUGCCCUUGUCGUGCGUCACCAAAGUUUGUGCGAUGGAUAAGAACGGAACGGUUGCAGGUGGAAAAGACGCCCCCAAGGGGGCUGCUAUCCGGCGGACGGCGUCGCUGGACGCCAUACACAGACGCUUGGCGGCGAGGCCUGCCCCCAGCGCCGCCCCCACGCACACCGACAGGGCCAGCAGUUUGGACUCGUUGCAGGCUUUGGUCGAUGCGGUGGAAGACAAGGGGGCUAAAGUGGGGCCCAAGACCAGGAGGGAUGACAAGGGGGCACAAAGUAGGAACCUUCCGUCUCCGUUUGCGAAAAGUUCAGUGGUUGUUCCACCGAAAUCGUCGCGAAAUUCCGAAGAAGGUCUCAAUCAAGAAUUGGAACUUUAUGCCAAUGUGGAAACACUCGAAUGUGAUAGAUUACAAGAACCGAUACCUGAAGGACGAAAAGCUCCAGUAGCUGAACUGAUAAGAGAAGGACCAUAUUCGAGAAUAUAUCAACCAACCAAUCCGAAUUCAUCAGAUUCGCCAUUGAGGGAUUCUGUAUCGCCGGUUCCAAGUUUUUUGGAUACGCCGCAUAGCGAAACAGAUGUUGAGCCCCCUCUAACACGCUUUUAUUUUGCCCCAGAAGACAGUCAAGGUUCGAGUCCCGAUCAAGAGCGCAUUCUGUCAGGUUCCUCGCCCCAAAUCAACCGUUUUUCAUCAAGUGCGCCCCCUGACGGCUGCGACCGCGUGCUAUCGAAAUCAGUACCUAUCCUACGACCGAUACCUCGGGAAAUUGUCGUUUCGUCGCAUCCCAACACCUCAUUCACGCUCAAACCAAGCUCAUAUUCGGCUUUUGAGAGUCUCCAAACAUCCAAAGACUCCUCGGACGAUUCACCAAAAGUGCCCGAACAAGAGGACCCAUAGACAUUUUCGAGUUUCAGAUCGUUGCGAACUUGACGCGACUGUCUUUUAACACAGUCGAGUAAUUUUUAUUUAAUUGUGUAGAAUCUCGCUUUUUUAGUUGUCGUCUCAAACAAAGGCUGUGGACAUGAAGUGUUUUUGCCAAAAUUGACUGAUAAUUGUUUAAUUGGAAACGAUCUGAAAUUCAGUUCACAGCAACACAUUCCAGAGUGAACUGUUUAAUAAAACGCUGUGAUUCUUUUUAUAAUAAUAAUAAUGGCAGAAAUGAUUUGAUCAAAGUUGUUUUUAUGUAGAAAUUUUCUAACCUAGAAUUGAUUGAUUGUUACCUUUCUUGUUACUUGACGCAUUCUCGUGUAUGUACAAACAUAUCUAAUAAACAGACUGACAGCA